UUUCACUGAAAGACAGAUUGCGCAGUGAAUUUACCGUCGUGGCAUAAGGUGGAAAAUGAAGACUCAUCUUCUACUGACGAUACUUCUACUUUGCCAAACACUAGGAACUUAUCUUGCAUUAACAUGUUUGAAAUGCACCAAUGUUGUACAGCCCCGGCAUUGUGAAACAGUCAUGACUUGCCCACAAAAUGACGAUGUAUGUUAUCUUGAUCGGGGAACAAAUGCCUUCGGAGAAGAGGAAUACGCUCUAGGAUGCAUCUCUCAACAUUCAUGCCAUAACACAACGAUCUACUCGGCUACAAGCCGUUGCUCUCAGUGCUGUGACAGAGAUCUGUGCAACCAGGAGGGGUGUGGAGAAAUAGGUUUUCCUACAAACCGAGGGCCUGUCUGCUACAAUUGCCAUUCUCCUUUACCGGACGGUCGUUGUCAUAAUGUCGAGAUAUGUCGUGCCGGAGAGGUAUGCAGCGUGACUGGAAAAGAAAAGUUCGAAACACAAGUCUUUACAUCGCAAUGCCUUCCCAGUGAUGACUGCGGGGCUCAUACUGUUGGACUCAUAAUCGGUAAACGCAGCAGUGUGACCGAAAAGUUCGUCCGGACAUUUGAUCCUUAUGACUGUUUUCAAUGUUGCAGCAGUGACCUUUGCAACCGCAAUUGCAACAGACAAGAGGCUCAUCUAUGUCAGGCUAUUUCAGGCCCUGACUGUUCUGAUCUUCAACGCCAGAAUGCUUCUCUUUCAAGUGGGGUGUACACUAUCACAACCCCUCUCACUCACUCCAAGUUACAGGUGUACUGUGACAUGGAGACGGACGGAGGAGGAUGGACGGUUUUUCAAAAACGUUUCAACGGCAGUGUGGAUUUUUAUCGGAACUUUAGUGAAUAUGAAAACGGAUUCGGAUUUGUUGAUGGCGAACACUGGCUAGGACUAAAAUACCUUCGCGAUAUGGCUUCUCUGGGUAGCUAUCAACUCCGUCUGGAUAUAUUACGUUCUACCGGGAGCAAGGCAUUUGAUGUGUAUGACAAUUUCAGCCUGGGACCUGGACCUAAUUAUUUAUUAUACAUCGGAUCACGGUUACGUUUUAGUGGAUGUCAAUCAAUCCUUGGAUCAGCAGACGGUCAAUCAUUUAGUACAUAUGACCAUGACUACGACAGGUGGAAUGACAAUUGCGCAGUUCGUUUCCAUGGCGCCUGGUGGUACAACAUGUGUUUUCAUUUAAACCCGAAUGGAUUGUAUACACCAGGAAAAUUUGACCUUUAUGCCAUGGCAUACGACGAUUCUGUUGGCCUAAAUGCUACCACUUUAAUGAUCAAGCGAAUUUGAUCUUUAUUUUAAUAUUUGUACUUUUAAACAGAGGAUCCUUAUUCUAUCAGCAAAUGUAGAUUAACACUGCACGACCAACAACACCAUUUUCCUUAUUGCCAAUAUAAAUUUUAAACUUAGUUAUAAAACCAACUUCAAUGAUAUUGUUUUCACGAUUUGUAUUUGUAAAUCAUUAAAUUUUGUAUCGUU